AUGGAUAACGUGCACCAGGGAUUGAUUAUAUCAUCCAAGAAGGAUGCAAAUGGUGCUUCUGAAGGCACAACUGAGAGAGACAGGGAGAGUCUGCACAAUAGUACAUGUAUUGCCUUCAUAUGUGUGUUUGACAUACUGAACGAUAUAACUAAACCAGGUCAGAACGACAGAGGCAGCUACUACUGGCUGUACUUGUGUUGCAACAGCCGCCUCUUUCAUGUCACUCACCCUCCGGUGACUGAACCUGUCAGGAGGAUGAGGAUGUCGCAGGGGGCUGGGAGCCGCUCUCCAGCCGUGGAUGGGUCUCAGCGGGCCCUGCUGGGUCAGCAGCAAACCCCCCUCUCCUGCGCUGCUCGGUCAGCUGGCUUUAGCUGCUCUGGGGAUGCGGGCUGCAUAGUUUUGACGAGAGCGACCAGGCUGGUGAGACUUUCGGAGGUCCCGAAUACCGGGGAGCUGAGGAAGGCUGUAAAUGGAGAAACUCUCCUGGAUGACUUCCUUCUCACAUACACAGUCUUCAUGACGACUGAUGACUUGUGCCAGGCACUUCUGAGGCACUAUUGUGCUAAGAACCACCAAGGGAAAGAAGAUGAGACUGAUGUAUCUUGUAGGAAACGAAAAGUCUUGCAUUUGGUGUCUCAGUGGACUUCUCUCUACAAAGACUGGUUACAUGAAGAUGAGCAUUUAAAACAAUUCUUAAAGACGAUAUACAGGAAUGUGUUAGAUGAUGUGUAUGAAUAUCCCAUUCUUGAGAAGGACCUGAAAGAAUUUCAGAAGAUACUUGGGAUGCAUCGUCGUCACACUGUAGAUGAGUACUCACCUCACCGAAAGAAUAAAACCUUUUUCCACCAAUUCAGUCUAAAGGAGAACUGGCUGCAGCACAGAGGAACCAUGAAUGAAACAGAAGAAAUUUUCUGCCGUGUGUAUAUAACAGAGCACUCCUAUGUCAGUGUGAAAGCUCAAGUAUCCACUUCAGCUCAGGAGAUACUGAAGAUUGUAGCAGAAAAGAUCCAGUACCCAGAGGAGGAGUUGGCGCUGGUGACAGUCACGUUCUCUGGAGAAAAACAGGAACUGCAACCAAAUGACUUGGCUAUCUCAAAGUCUUUUGAGUCCUCCAGUCGUAUGUUUGUCUACCGAAAAGAUCUGACUGAUUCUUUGAACCCAUUUGCUGAAAAUGAGGAGUUGCAGCAAAGGUCGGUGAGAAUUUUGGGAAUCAACACCUGGGAUCUUGCCUUAGAACUAACAAACUUUGACUGGAGCCUUUUCAAUGCCAUUCAUGAGCAAGAGCUUAUAUACUUCACAUUCAGCAGACAGGGCAGUGCUGAAAACACUGAGAAUCUCAGUCUUCUGCUUCAAAGAUGCAAUGAGGUCCAGCUUUGGGUUGCCACCGAGAUACUCCUUUGCAGCCAGCUUUGCAAACGUGUACAGCUAGUCAAAAAGUUCAUCAAGAUUGCUGCCCACUGUAAAGCCCAAAGAAAUCUGAAUUCAUUCUUUGCUAUUGUUAUGGGUCUCAACACUGCAUCUGUCAGCCGGCUGUCUCAGACUUGGGAGAAAAUUCCUGGGAAGUUCAAGAAACUUUUCACUGAACUUGAAAGUUUGACGGAUCCUUCUCUGAAUCAUAAAGCUUACAGAGAUGCAUUCAAGAAAAUGAAAUCUCCGAAAAUUCCCUUCAUGCCCUUACUUCUGAAAGAUGUAACAUUCAUCCAUGAAGGAAAUAAAACUUUUCUGGAUAACCUUGUUAAUUUUGAAAAGCUGCACAUGAUUGCAGAUACUGUUCGGUCAUUGAGACAUUGCAGAAAUAACCAAUUUGGCAAUGAAGUUCCUUCGAAAGAGCAUCAUGAGCUGAAGCCAUACGUCCAUCACCUGCAUGUCAUCGACAACCAGCAAGCUCUGUUUGAGCUUUCUCACAGGAUAGAGCCGCGAGUGUGAGCGUACACAGCUUCAUAUAACCUUGUAACUGCAGCACUUUGAAUUAAGUGAAUGUUUAUGCCAAGCAUGUUGCUUCCCUAUAUGAGAACAGUUUACUGAGUUUUAUCAGUAGCUCAUACAACAUGUGCAGGAAAAUCAGGCAGGAGCCAGCAAAGGAGCUGCUCACAGAGUUGCAGGGCAAGCUUGGUGCCAUCCCUGCUGGUCACCAGGACGGAAGGGAGUGGAGCAGCAUCCUUUGAGGUCAGGAGCUUGGUUUCUGUGAAAAUAUUGUUUGGUCCAGUGUAGCUUUCAAUGCAGAUUCUGCCAGUAUUAGAAUGAAAGAAAUCAUCGUGUCACAGCAGCAAAACAUUUCAGCAAGCAACAUGCCCCACGGGGAAUGAUUCUCAGUUCACCGCAGUACGUACCUCACUAGUUCAAGGUUGCCCGAGUAUUGUUGCCAAAAAUACUGUGCAAUCCAUGCAGCUCCCCUGAGUUGUAUUUGAUUUAAGUGUGGACAACCAAGAAUGGGAAUACAAAAAGACAGCGUACCAGAUGAAACUCAAGAGUGCGUUGUGAUGUGGAGGUCAGCAGUAAACAGUUCAUGCUGUUAUGGCUCCUUAAGAAUCUUUCUAAAACACACUGUAAGCACCAAUCCACUUCGGCUUCAGUUUAUGGACACAAUUGUUUGUACACUGAAAACAUGUUAUUUCCUUCCUUUUAAGUUAUCUCAGAUUACUGCAGUUAUCUGAUACCUGCAGUUAAUGUGUUAUAAAUUACUGUAGCAGGAGCUUUGUUUUCUGCUUGGAUUACAGCCUCCGUGGUGUCUGUUCAGAGGCAAUGCCUAGAUCCACCUACAUUCCUAACACCUCCUGGAAAUACUCUUUCAGCAGGUAAAAUUUCACCUAGCUUGCACACAGUUCUAGUUUUUAAAGGGUACACCUUACAGGUUACCAGUGUAAUUACCUGUAUACACACACCAGGCCCUCAGCAUCAGGGUCCCUUUACUGUUUCUGUUCCUCUGACACCCCUCCCCUAGCCGUUUUUCAUGUAGCUAAACGUACUACUUCUGGGUGUGUACUGAGGAAGCAUUUCUAAAGUCUUGUCUACAGUUGACCUACAUCUAAGCACCACCGUUAUGAUAGCUCUGGUUUUCAGUGCUAAGAAGUUGCCCUGAAAUAAUGGAGUGAGUGCCACAGCAGCGUGUUAUGCAGUCUGGCACGUGUUUGUACACUGACUCACGGUAACGGUCCCUUUGCAGAGCAGGGAUGAUACAUUGCAUUGCUUGCCCAUCUCUAUUGUAUGUUUUCCACAUGAGGAAGACUUGCAAGAAAAUGCUCCUUUGCUCAAAUGUGGGAAUACUGAAGUAGCAUGCUCUUCAUCAUUGUGUUAUCUCUGGUUUAAAGGGAUUUAAAAAAAAAAACAGCUUUAACAAGUAGUCUGUGGGGGAAUCUGUAGAAUGCAUUCGGUUUUCCCAUCUGUGACAUAUUGUAUAGAUCUAUUGUAAAGGAAACAGAUGUUUCAGAAAUGUAUUUGCUUGUAAUUUGUUAUUAUCAAAUAUUAUAUGAUUUUUUUUUUUUUAGAAAAAAAAAAUCUUCUUUUUACCCAGUAAAAAGAAAAAAAAAAUAAACUCUUGCUGGCCAUGGAGUAAAAAUUUCCUAUGUUAUUCUGUAGAUGUGACUGCACAUACUGUAAAUAACUCUUUUGUGCAAACAGACCAAAACUUGUUCAGAUAAGGAUACUAGCUGCAGUGGGCUCCUUUUUGCAGUGUAAGAACACAAAUCAGAUACAAUUUGCUGCUUGCGUAAUUGCAGUUCUUCCUUUGGCUACAGCAUUCCCCGAAUCCCCACCCUAGCCGCAUUACUUGGGUGGUUUGCUGGGUUUUGAGCUCCCCCUUGUGAAAUUUUUUAUUGUGGCAUUAUUUUUUGGAGCCUGUAUGUAGACCAGCCUGCAUGCUUUAGACCAUGUGGUGUAACACUAGUCCAUACGUUGUUCUGUUGAAAUCUGUGGGAGAAGGAACAUUAGAAGGUAUUCAGGGUGAGAAAGUGGGACUGUUUCUCAAUUCACUGCACUUGGCUCUGUGAUGGUUUUGGUAGUUACUGCUGGUGAAGCAGCAGUGGUGCCAGAGAAGAAUAAAAGACAAGGAAAUUAAAGAGGAGGAAAAAAAGAAAAAAAAAAAAAGAGAGAGAGGGAAGGGUGACUCUGUGCUCAGACUUUGAUUUGAAAGCAUGCUAGAGCUACCUUGAAGGCUUCUCACUCUGCCAGUUCAAAAUUGUUGAAGUAAAUGGAUGGGUUAACUUGUACCAGUAGGAACUCUAUACUAAAUGAAGUGUUGUCUACCCCUUGCAGCUGGCAUAAAAUUGGUUUGAAGGCACAUAGCCAGCAUUAACUUCGUUAUCUGUGUUGUGGCUAAUUAGACUACCGUUUAAAACUUCACAAACUAGUUUUCAUAGUGGCCUGUAUAACUUGGAUAUAAAUUUCUGUUCUGAAGGGCCAACACGGGUGCAUCAACUUCACACUGAAAAUACGGACCUUAUAACUGUUACUGUAAAGAAAAGGCAAAUAGCCCAAAUCUGUAGCCAAUAUGUCUAAUAAAUAAAAGGCCCUUAGAGUCUUUGUUGAAUGGGUGAAGUAUUGCAGAGCUGGGCUGCAGGCUGGCAAGCGGCUUGAAGGUGUGGUGGUUGGGAGAAUUGAAGUAAACACUGUGAAAGGGAAGGGGGACACUAGGGUCCAGCACUGGUGAUACUGUGUAAUUUUUUAAAAUUUAAAUUCUUUAGUAGGGCAGUUACGUUACAUAGGAUAAAAUCCAUGAAUCUUGCAAGUUUAGUUUAUCAGAAUCAUACCCGGGGUUAAAUAAUCUGCAUAUUUUCUUUAGUAGCUCGGAGCAGUAAUUAGAGAGGACAAAGGAAAAAGCUGGGUCACUCUAAACCUCUUUGGUCUGGGAUUUUGUUGCAUCAAAUUUAGAUGUUUCUAUGACACAGCUUUUUGAUUCUAGCCCCAUCUUGGAAAUAAAUUGCUUUUGCAUAACAGUGGCAAAAAAAAAAAAAAGAUAUUACC